GCUUCUUGGUGCUUAGAACCACAUUGGGAUAUAUAUGUUUCUCCAUAUUCUUGAUCUAUUAUAUGCUGCGACGACGAAGGCAUCUCUCCUUGGAUACUAACAUUGAAGAAUUCCUACAAGAGCAUAACAACCUAUUGCUAAUCCAGUACUCAUAUUCAGAUAUUAAGAAGAUGACUAAACAUUUCAGAGACAAACUUGGUCAGGGAGGUUUUGGGUCUGUUUAUAAAGGAAAGCUUCGCAGUGGCAACCUUGUUGCGAUCAAGAUGUUAGCAAAUUCUAAAGGUAAUGGUCAAGACUUUAUGAAUGAAGUCGGUACCAUUGGGAGGAUUCAUCAUGUCAAUGUGGUGCGACUUAUCGGAUUUUGCUUCGAGGGAUCAAAAAGGGCUCUAGUGUAUGACUUCAUGCCAAAUGGGUCCUUAGACAAGUACAUCUUCACUCAAGAACAAAAGGGUACUAUUUCUUCAAGUAGUUGGGAAAGGAUGUACAAGAUCUCCCUAGGAGUGGCUCAUGGGAUUGAAUAUCUCCAUCAAGGUUGUGAUAUGCAAAUUCUACAUUUUGAUAUCAAGCCUCACAAUGUUCUUUUGGAUGAAGAUUUUAAUCCAAAAAUUUCGGAUUUUGGGCUAGCCAAACUCUAUCCAACAAAUGAGAAUACUGUUCCUCUCACUGCUGCAAGGGGAACAAUAGGAUACAUAGCUCCAGAACUGUUCUACAAAAGCAUGGGAGGUGUCUCUCAUAAGGCUGAUGUUUAUAGUUUUGGAAUGUUGCUAAUGGACAUGGUAGGGAGAAGGAAGAAUGUGAAUCCCUUUGCAGAUGCUUCGAGUCAAUUUUACUUCCCAUCAUGGAUAUAUGACAAACUAAAUCAAGGAGAAGACAUGGAAAUGGAAGAUGCAACAGAGUAUGACAAAAUAAUAGCAAGAAAGUUGAUCAUAGUCACAUUAUCUUGCAUACAAAUGAAACCUGUUGAUCGCCCUUCCAUGAGCAAAGUCAUAGAAAUGCUAGAAUCCCCCACGGAGCUUCUACAAAUGCCACCAAGGCCUUUUUUAGCAUCACCAUCUGAAAGAGUGGAAGAAGGUCAUACAAUUAUAGAGUCAUCACCCAUAUCCGAAUCAUCAAGUUAUUCAUUGUCAUACAAUUCCAUGAUUCAAUCAAAUUAAAUGUAAUCUGCUAUAAAUUAGUUAUUUGGUUUCUAAUUAAGGAAUAGUUUGCCUGUUGUAAUCAAACAGAA